CAAGUAAUUUGUACUAUCUGUUUCUUGGCAGUAGAUAAUUUUGUCAGGUCUUCUUUUGACAUGCUAGAAGUGUGUAUCAUGGGUAUGAUUAACCAGACCUUUGUGUCCGAAUUUCUUCUUCUGGGUCUUUUAGGAUAUCCAAGGACUGAGAUCAUUUACUUUGCUGUGAUUCUAAUCACGUACCUAGUGAUUCUAAUUGGCAAUGGUGUUCUGAUCAUAGCAAGCGUCUUUGAUUCCCGUCUUCACACUCCCAUGUACUUCUUUCUGGGGAACCUCUCUUUCCUUGAUAUUUGCUAUACAUCUACCUCUGUUCCAUCAACGCUGGUGAGCUUAAUCUCAAAGAGAAGAAACAUUUCUUUUUCUGGAUGUGCAGCGCAGAUGUUCCUUGGAUUUGCAAUGGGGUCAACAGAAUGUUUGCUCCUUGGCAUGAUGGCUUUUGAUCGCUAUGUGGCCAUCUGCAACCCUCUGAGGUACCCCGUCAUCAUGAGCAAAGGUGUAUAUAUACUUAUGGCUUGUGUGUCAUAGUUCUCUGGUGGAGUCAAUUCAAUUGUGCAAACAUCUCUUGCCAUGCAGUUGCCCUUCUGUGGAAAUAAUAUUAUCAAUCAUUUUACAUGUGAGAUCUUGGCUGUCCUCAAACUAGCUUGUGCUGACAUAUCCCUCAAUAUUAUUACCAUGAUGAUAUCAAAUAUAGCUUUCCUGGUUUUUCCUCUUCUGGUCAUUUUUUUCUCCUAUAUAUUUAUUCUCUACACCAUCUUGCAUAUGAACUCAGCCACAGGAAGACACAAGGCCUUUUCAACCUGCUCAGCUCAUCUGACUGUGGUGGUUAUAUUUUAUGGCACCAUUUUCUUUAUGUAUGCAAAACCCAAGACCCAAGACCUGAAUGGGGAGGACAAGUUUCAAACUUUGGACAAGAUGAUUUCUUUAUUUUAUGGGGUAGUGACCCCCAUGCUGAAUCCUAUCAUCUAUAGCUUGAGGAAUAAGGAUGUAAAAGCUGCUGUAAAAUAUAUGCUGAACCAAAAACCUAUUUAA